AUGGCUAUGGCAUACGUUUGGCUUUUGCUGUUUGUUUUUAUUAUCCAUACGACGACUUCGCAGCCAACGUACGCGCAUAGGAGACCUAUCUGUGGAUAUGGAUCCUGUCCCACGACUGUCGACCACUUUCUGAAUAUACAUAUCGUAUGUCAUACCCAUUUGGACACGGGUUGGACGGAGACCUACGAUGAUUACUACUACAGAUACGUGCGCAUGAUUUACGACUCUGUGGUUCAGACCCUGUUUGAGGUGUCAAACCGUAAGUUCAUUGCUGUGGAGACAUCAUUCUUCUCGCGAUGGUAUAAUGAACAGAACCACACCAUUAGGAGCAGGGUCCAUUUGCUGGUCAACAAUGGUCAACUGGAGUUCAUAAACGGCGGGUGGAGUAUGAACGACGAGGCGGCCACCCAUUACUCGGCGAUCAUCGACCAGAUGACAGUCGGUCACCGGUGGCUGAACCGGACGUUCGGCGAGUGCGGUAUCCCUCGCAUCGGGUGGCAAAUCGAUCCGUUCGGCCACUCGCGAGAACAGGCCUCCCUAUUGUCGCAAAUGGGUUUCGACGGCAUGUUUUUGGGUCGCAUCGACUACCAGGACAAGUUGCUACGGGAAAGGACGCAAACGAUGGAAUUCAUAUGGAAGGCGAGCCCGAGUCUGGGCAAGAGCGCCGACAUGUUCACCGGCACUCUGCCCAACGUGUAUUGGCCGCCCAAAAACUUUUGCUUUGACGUCAACUGUUUCGACGAACCCAUUACAUCGGAAAACGCCAUCCGAAAGGCCAAAGAGUUCAUACGGAUAGCUCGGGAGCAGAGCCUUCAGUACGGCACGAAUCACACGAUCAUAACGAUGGGAAUGGACUUCUACUACCGGAACGCCAACAUUUGGUACCAGAAUUUGGAUCGACUGAUGAGUGCCAUAAACUCGCUGCAGGAGAAGGAAAGAGUGAAUAUCGUGUAUUCGUCGCCCUCUUGCUAUCUCAAGGCGCUGAAUGGGGCCAAUAGGACCUGGCCUAUCAAACUGGACGACUUCUUUCCGUACGCCGACGCCUGGAAUGCCUACUGGACGGGCUAUUUCACGAGUCGACCGUCACUGAAAUAUCUGAUCAAAAACGCAAACAAUUUAAUACAAAGCGCUAAACAACUGUCAGUACUGUCGCGGAUGAGCGAUAGGCUGUCCCCGAAGCUGACGGCCCUUCAGGAGGCUCUGGGUCUACUGCAACACCACGACGCGGUGACCGGCACCUGCAAGCAGGCCGUCAACAACGACUACGUCCGGUUCACGUCGACGGCCAUCGCCGAGGCACAGGAGGCUGUCAUUGAGUCCUACUAUUAUUUGCUACAAAACGAAGGAUACGUCAGUUAUUCUAGUCUUUCAUUCUGUAAUCAACUGAAUAUAAGCGAGUGUGCGGUCACUGAGAGGAUCGACUUCGAGUCGGACGCCGCUGUCAUUAUUUAUAACCCAUUGGCACAUCCCGUCCAACACUUCAUUAGACUCCCCGUCAGAGACUUCAGGUAUCGCGUGAGAGACGCCUCCGGAGGACUCAUUCAGUCGCAGAUAGUUCCGAUUAACUCGAAGAUAAUGUCUUUGCCUGAAAGAAAUUCAAUAGCCGUCUCGGAGCUGCUAUUCCUGGCAAUACUACCCCCACUCGGAUACUCGAGUUUUAUGGUCGACAGAAUCAGUAGUGACUAUCAAAGCAUUAUAACGAGUCAAGAAAGUCAGAUAACAGAUGGCUCGUCAUCUUCUGCGGAUGUGAUCCUAGAGAACGGGAGGAUUAGUAUUAAGAUUGACGGACAGACAGGACUCUUAAAACAAGUGGGCCUUAAGAACGGGCAGUUAAUACCGUUUUCGCAGAACUUUUGGUACUAUCAGGGAGAGGACAGAUUUAAAGGCGAAAAGCCUUCCGGCGCCUACGCUUUCAACCCGAGCCAUCACAUCCCGCAUAUGGUCUCAAAUGCCGCCAAAUAUAAGAUAGUCAGAGGAAGACUCGUCGAUGAGAUCCACCAGACAUUCAACCCGUGGUUGUCUCAAGUCAUACGCCUGUAUCGCGACUACGAUUACAUUGAGUUUGAUUGGGUUGUGGGGCCCAUACCUGUUAGGAACUGGAUGUACGACCAGGGGCUCGAGAUUAUCACGAAAUAUGACACCAACUUCAAAAACAACGGAACUUUCUUUACGGACUCCAACUCGAGGGAAACCAUUCGCAGAAUACGUCACCACAGGCCGACCUGGGACUUGGAGACCACCGAAACGGUGGCCAGUAAUUACUACCCCAUCACCAGCUGGAUGUUCAUCAGGGACUACGCGCAGGACCUGCAGAUGACUGUCCUGACAGAUAGGGCAGAGGGUGGCAGCAGUAUGUCUGACGGAUCUCUUGAGGUGAUGAUUCACAGGAGACUACUUUACGACGAUGGCUAUGGUAUGGAGGAGGCGCUCAACGAACCGGGAACUGAUGGCAAAGGACUUAUCGUGAGAGGAAAGCAUCGCCUUAUCAUUAAUGGCAUUCAGCAGAGUAUACGCCAAAUGCGGACAAUGAGCAAAACCCUGACCUGGAAGCCCAUCCCUCUGUUCCGCAAAAGUGUUCCGACGGCCGGCAGAACCCGAACGCGAGCCAUAUCCCGAUCCGACGAUUACAUCAAUUUCGUGGGAAUUAACAAACUGUUGCCAAAGAAUAUCCAUUUACUCACACUUGAGGCCUGGGAUGACGACUACGUCCUCAUAAGACUCGAGCACUUCUACGAAAUCAAUGAGGACUCGGAGUUCUCCACACCGACGGACGUGUCGCUCAGGAAUUUGUUCACAACUUUCCGUAUAAUUAGCGUCAAAGAGAUGACACUAUCGGCGAACCAGGAGUUGAGUGCAUCGGAGCGCAAGCGAAUGGUGUGGACGCCUGACUUUGAUCCCUACGCCAACUACAAGUCGGCCUACGAUCGCAUCGACAACUCAGUGAACGAGAAUUUGACGAGCAGUGAGAGCGAGUAUAAUAUAAACCAGACGUUUAUAAUCACUUUGAAACCGAUGCAAAUCCGUACGUUUUUGUUGAGAGUGGAGUCCCGACGUAACUGUCCCUACACUGGCUUUAAUGUGCCCCGAAAGCAAAGGAACAGGUUCAGUUCAAACGGUUUAGACUGCUGAGUGAACGGGAUCUAAAUAAAUAAAUCUCAUAUUAGUUGAAUUACAUUUUUAUGAAUAACUUACAUCACAUUUUUGUUUGUCGU